UGAACAGAUGUGUGUGGAUAAGCCGUUCGUGGCUUGGAAGGAUGCAACCUCAUUGUCAACCAAUUUAAAAAUCAUUUUCGAUUCCUGUCUUAAAAUUACCUUGACUCGAUCAAAUCCGCUACAGCUGAUGGGCACAGACCCGCAUCACUCCGUCCAGUAGCAUCCUGGCAUGCGCAGCGUCACUCUCAUCCAAUAGCAGUCUGUUACCCUGCCGUCUGUCUCCGUGCUGGACUGCGGGACGAUGCUGAUCCAGGUGUGUGGGAUUUAGGGAGGAACCUUUGCCGUGUUUAUCACAUUCGUCGGGGCAGAAUCAUCAAGAUGGUGAACGCAGGCCUGCUUUUGUGUGUCCUGUCCUCCCUGUUUUUAUCAGCUGCUGCGAUUAAGCCCAGGAUCUUUGAACCCCGAAUCUUCGACAAGGAGGCCACAGGCUUUGGUCCCAUAUUUGAGGAGGAACCGCUGGACACGGUGUACGCGGAGGAUUCGCCAGAGAACAAAAUAUCCAUGAACUGUAGGGUGCGAGCCAACCCACCAGCCAUUAUAAAAUGGUGGUUAAACAACUGGGAAAUUAAACUGAUGGAGCAGCCUGAUGAACACUUUAGCCUGGUGGGUGGAAACCUGCUGAUCACCAACCCAGACAAAGGAAAACAUGCUGGGAAAUACGUAUGUGUGGCCAGGAAUGUGUAUGGAGUGGUUAUCAGCAAAGAGGCUAUCGUCAAGUUUGGAUACCUGAAUCAGUUUCCCACAGAUGAAAGAGACCCAGUGAAUGUUAAGGAGGGGCAGGGGGCGGUGCUACUGUGUUCUCCUCCAUCUCGAUAUCCAGACGAGGUGCUGUUCCGCUGGAUCUACAACGACUUUCCCAACUUCAUCAACCCGGAUCAAAGACGAUUCGUGUCCCAGUCCACUGGGAAUCUGUACAUCGCUAAAGUCGAGGCCUCUGAUGUUGGGAAUUACUCUUGUUUCGUGUCAAGCCCCACCAUCGGCAAAAGUGUUUUCAGCAUGCCUAUACCUCUGAUCCCACAAAUAGAGAAGGAGGUAAAGAGAUAUCCUGCAGAUAUUCGUGUUAAAUUUCCCAAGACGUAUGCUUUGGUGCAUCAGAACAUCACUCUGGAGUGCUUCGCUCUUGGAAAUCCGCUCCCGCACAUCCGCUGGAGGAAAUUAGACGCCGAUCUUCCUCCGAAUUAUGAGGUCAGCAUGAAUGGAGCUUUACUGCACUUAAUAAAUGUGCAGUAUGAAGAUGAAGGCAGCUAUGAGUGCGAGACCCUAAAUGUAAAAGGGAUGGAUUGGUAUCGCCAGUGGCUUUAUGUAGAAGGUGCACCAGAAUGGGCGGAGCACAUCAAUGACACAGAGAGGGAUGUUGGCAGCGAACUCACUAUGAGAUGUGUCGCCGUGGGGAAGCCGUUACCAUGGAUACGUUGGUUGAAGGAUGGCUACUCGUACGGCAAAGGGGAGCUUAAAUUUUCCAGUCUUACAUUUGAGGAUUCGGGCAUGUAUCAGUGUAUCGCUGAGAAUGACUGGGGGACCAUCUACGCCAACGCAGAACUACGAGUCGUCUCCUGUGCACCAACAUUCAUAUACAAUCCAGUGAAAAAGGUUCUGCUAGGGGCCGAAAACGGACGUGUGGUGAUCGAGUGUAAACCCCGCGCUGCUCCUAAACCCAGAUUCAUCUGGAAGCGAGGUUCAGAACUGCUAACCAACUCUUCAAGGAUGUUAAUUUGGGAUGAUGGGAGUCUAGAGAUUCUGAACGUAUCGAAAAGUGAUGCGGGCUCGUACACAUGCUUUGCUGAGAAUGACCGGGGCAAAUCCAACAGCACGGGGACCCUCACUAUCGUCGAGGCCACCAAAAUCACAGUAGCUCCAUCAGACUCUGAGGCGGUUGUAGGUGACAAUAUCAUUCUCCACUGUUCUGCAUCAUACGACCCCAGUCUGGACAUCACCUUCAUCUGGACCGUCGACUCAUACGUCAUCAACUUCUACACGGACUGGGAUCAUUACGAGCAACUCAAGGGUCACGAGUCCAGCGGAGAUCUCCUGAUCAAGAACAUUCAGGUGAAACAUGCAGGACAUUAUAUCUGCACAGCCCAGACUAUAGUGGACAACGCCACUGCAGAAGCUGAUGUUUUCGUCAAAGGUUUGCCUGGGCAGCCGGGUGGCGUCCGUGUGGAACAGAUCGGAGACACGUCGGUUAAGCUGCGUUGGUGUCUGGGAUCCGACCAUGGCAGUCCUCUCAUACAACAUGUUGUACAAACACGGGAUUUCUACGCGCUGGACCCUGAGGACUGGAAAACCGCAUCUACAACUCCUGUGUUUCUGAAUGGGUCUGCGGAGUCGGCCACUGUGCUUGAUCUUUACCCCUGGAUGCAGUAUGAAUUCCGUGUGUAUGCUAUCAACGAAUUUGGAGCCGGGGAAGGCAGUCGUCCCUCCAUUAAAAUCAAGACGUGGGAUGCAAGGCCAACUGUGUCUCCUUUGGACGUCAUUGGUCAAGUAGGAAUAAGUGGAGAGCUCAUUGUUACCUGGACUCCUGUAAAACCUCAGUUCUUCUUCGGUAAAAAAUUUGGCUACGUCGUGGCGUUCAAGCAGCACGAGGAUUACGAGUGGAAAUGGUCGACGGUGGAGGAUCCGGAGACCAGACGGUAUGUCUACAAAGAGAGCAUGACGCCAGACAGUGAGAUCCAGGUGAAAGUGAGCACCUUUAAUAACAAAGGUGAAGGACCUUCAAGCCUCAUCUCAGUGGUUUACUCCCCAAGGCUUGCACCAACUGAAGCUCCAUUAGAUGUGUACGCCCGGCAAGUGACCUCCACAGAAGCUCUGGUCUGGUGGCUACCGAUCUACCAGGCACCACCGAACUGGGUUGAUGGAUACCAGAUUCGUUAUUGGAGAAAAUACGAUGACAACGAAGCGGCUGCCUGUCGAGUCUUGGUUCACAGAACGGUUAACCAAACACGGCUGGAGAACAUGCGGCCCGACUCUCACUACCUUAUCGAAGUACGAGCGUUCAAUGGAGCCGGGCUUGGCCCACCCAGCGAGCACUGUGAGAUGUUCACCAGGAGACCACCUCCAAGUCGUCGUUUGAGAGUGUAUAAAUAUGUCAGCUUUACACGCCAAUGGCUUUAUCUGUAUUGGGAUCACAUCUAUAACUACUGGAAUGAGUCUUAUGUGGAGGGUUACAAGAUUUUGUUUCGUAAGGAAGGCGAGCGAUAUGGAAAGCUUUACACAACGGGCAGACACUACAUAGACUUCCCCAUGCCACUGACCGGAGAUUAUGUCAUUGAGAUCCGAGCUCGCUGUGAGGGAGGCGAUGGACCCAUUUCACAGAUACGAGUGCAAGGUAAAGCCGCUCUGGGUGCUUCAUCUCUCAGCCUGGUCUCUCUCCUACUGUUGGCGCUGGGCUGGAUGAAUUUGGGUCUUUAAGUCGAACAGUAACAGUUUACAAUAAGGAUGUAUUUGUUAACAGUAUUAGCUAACAUGAACUAACAAUGAGCAAUAUAGUUUUUCAGUAAUAAUUAAGCUUUAUUAAUGUUAGUUAAUGCCAAUAUUAUUGUUUAUGUUGUUCAUUGGCAUAAACUUCUUUGUUAGCUAAAGUUGAUAUUGCAAUUUUUAAUUUGAAAAAUAUGUUAUUUAAUCCUAAAAUUAACAAAAACUAAGAUGAAUAAAUUAUGUAUUGUUUGGUUGUAGUUUAUGUCAGCUUAUGCCCUAAUAUUAAAGGGGCCAUGGCACAAGACUUUUUUAAGAUGUCAAAUAAAUCUUUGGUGUCCCCAGAGCACAAAAAGUGAAGUUUUAGCUCAAAAUACCAUAUAAAUAAUUGAUUAUAGCAUGUUAAAAUUGCCACUUUGUAGACACUUUGUUUGCAAAAAUGUGCCGUUUUGGGCGUGUCCUUUAAAAUGCAAAUGAGCUGAUGAAAUUCAAACACUGAUCACAAUGAUGGUGGUUUGUUGCAAUUAAAACUCAAUUGUGCUUUUCUCUGCACUAAAUGGCAGUGCUGUGGUUGGAUAGUGCAGAUUAAGGGGUGGUAUUAUUAUAAUAAGAGCUACUUCUGACAUCAUGAGGAGAGCAAAAUUUCAAUGACCUAUUUUUUCAUGUGCUUAUAGAGAAUGGUUAGCUGGGUUGAUCUUUUCACAUUUUUUAGGUUGAUAGAAGCACUGGGGACCCAAUCAUAGCACUUAAACAUGGAAAAAGUCAGAUUUUCAUGCCAUGAUCCCUUUAACAAAUACAACCUAAUGGGCCGUGCACACCAAAGCUUUUUUACGUCCGGCGGACGCUCGAAUGCUUGCUUUUUUCAGCCGACUGCCAGCUUUCUUCAGCUGAGCACUUUGGUUGCUGUGAUACUUCUGCUUUGUUUAUCAGUUGUUAAACGAUGUGCCGGUUGGUUGUUGUUAUAUUGGUCCUGCCCCUCCUCCACUGUGAUUGGACGGCGGUGUGAGAACUGACAUUGACGAGUUGAGCUUUUCACCCAAAGUUGAAUCUUUUCAACCGUUGAAUCGCAGGCUUUCAGCGCAAAAAAAACCCCGCCUGCUGCUAGCUUUUUGAAAAACGCUGCGCAUCCAUUGGAAACAAUUAAAAACAUACGCCGGUGUAAAAGUUUGGUGUGCACACCCCCUUAUAGUGAAGUGUUUUCACUUAAAAACAGCCCUAAUAUAGUCUUUAUACAGUAUUGCUCAGAUUAGCCUUUGUUUGGGAGUGUAGUUUUUUAUGUUCCUGACUUACCUGUACUGUAAGUUAGUAACCAUCUCUUGUUAUUGAUCACUGACUGAAUAUAUAGUAAUAAUUUUGGCCUUACCAAAUGGCUAUAAUCAACUAAUAAUACCUUUUUAUUAGAGAUGUACCGAUAUUAAAUUUUUCCACCGAUGCCGAAAGCCUAUCACUCAGACUGAUAUCAGCUAAUGUUGAUAGUUUGGUGGUUAUAUCGACUUGGAUUCAAAUUCUAAAGAUAACAUUUUCUGAAUGUUAUUCAUUCAUACAAUGACCAUUAAUUUUGAACAUUAAAUUAGUGAUGUUUCUUUUCAUUUCCUAUACAUAGAGCUCAAAUUCAUUGCAUUUUCUUGUUCUCUUUUGAUUGACAGGAUAUAUAUCGGUCAUGACUAUCGGCUGUUUUUAAACCAUCGGCCGAUAGUGUCAAAAAUGCUUUUAUCGACUGAUACGAUUAUUGGCCGAUAUAUCAGUGCAUUUCUACUUAUAAAUAAUAUGUAUAUAUUAUAUAUAACAGGGUGGUGUGAAUUAUUAUAAUUAUCUCACCAGGUAUUUCAAAAUGGGUGAUUGCAGAACAGUUUUUUUUUUAAGUUUGUCAUAUCAACUAGUCCACAAUAUUAGUAGGCCUAUCCAAAUUUUUUUUUGAAUGUGUUUGCAUUGUAGCUGUUUUAAAUCAUUCUUGUUUGUACAGUGUUUUGUCCAUCUAUUUAUUUUGAUAAUGUGUACAAAUUCCGUCAGCUGGUUUGAUUUGAUAGAUGUUUUUGUAGUUUUGUUAUUUUAAAUAUUUUGAAAAUACACAAUUGUGUCUGUUUGCCAUUAAAUAGCACAAAUAAUACCA